AUGGCGCAGCCCCCGCCCAACCCGCGGCCCAUCGGCGGCACGUCCGUGGCCCGCAGCUUGGCGCAGGCAGCUGCGGCGCUUCGCGCGCAGGAGUGGCGCACCAACGCUAACGCUAACACCACUCGCCUGAGCCCCCCGCGCUACCAGCAGCAAUAUGAGGAGAACGACGUAGAGCAAGAGCAGGAGCAGGAGCAGGAGGGCGCGGCCGCCAUGUACGACCGCGAAGCGUUCUACGCGGAGCUGCGCGAGCGCCACCGCAACCUGACGCACAGGCAGCGACUGGCCCGAGAGUUCUUCGAGCAACAGCAGCGGAGACAGCAGCAGCAACAACAACAACAGCAUCAGGUGCAGAGGAGAGCGGAGACGGCGUACAGGCAGCAGGAGGGCUACGAGCAGUUCCGACGGCAGAUGCAACUGCAGGGUGAAGCUGCAGCUGCAUCCAGACACUUGCGGCCGCCGUCGUACCCUCCGCCAGCCUCUCAACUGGUGGCGUCGAUGGUGCCGAGGGUGAAUGCUCCUUUAUCAUUGGAGAGGAGCAAAUCGCCGUCGGGUGCUGGAACACCGACGUCGAAGAGACCCGUGGAGAAUGAGGACAACAACGCGCAGAGCGCGCCGUUCGUUAUCGAAGACCCUGCUAACGACGACGAUGACGACGCUGCUGAUAUGGAAGACGACGGCUCCGGCGAGAGUAAGAAAGCGAAGAAGCGGGUGAGGUACCUGCGCGACACGGACCGACGCAACAUUAUAAAGCGUAUCGAGAACGGAGAGAAGCAGGCGGCUCUGGCGCGGGAGUUUGGCGUGACGAGAGCAGCCAUCUGCCACAUCAAAAAGAACCGCUUCGAAAUCCUCUCGCGCUACAACAUGCUGGUCAAAUCUGCCCAGGAAAUGAAUCGCGCUGAAAACUUUGUUGGGCCUCCAGGCGUGGACAUGAUGGUACAUGAAGUGCGCGCCAACUCAAUCCUGCUGCUCAUGACAAUGCUGCGCGACAACCGCUCCAACGGAGCGACUUUCCGGCGCGUGGCAGGCCGUCUCAUCAUGAUUCUGCUGGAAGAAGCUCUCGCUGUUCUUGGCACGGAGAAUGUGGAGGUAAUUACAGGCACUGGCCACUUGUACCGAGGCCUGGAGCGCAAACACCAGUUUUGCGGCGUAGCCAUCGGGACCGAGGGAUUUCCGUUCCUCGUGCUCUUCCACCAAAUGGAGCCGGAUGCCCCACAAGGGUCCAUUCACGUGACAAAGGCGAUAGAUCGGCGAGGACAGCGAGCGUGGCUGCUGGACCACAUGGAUCUGCCGGCGAAUAUCGUUCACCACCGAGUUCUUCUCUUCUCUGCUACCUGCAGCACAGGCGACGCAGAGUGCAAGGCCAUUGAGGCGCUCUGCAGUGUGGGCUGCGAUGAACGAACCAUUUCGCUGGUCGUGAUCCUCGUGACCGGCGACGGGAUCGUCAACGUCAGCAACCGUUUCCCAAACGUGAAGAUCAUCACUGGUGGCAUCGACGGUAAAGUGGAUCCGGAAACGGACGGCAUCAUCCCGGGCUUCGGCGACUUCGUCUCGCGCUACAACGACUCUUAG